AUGAACGGCGCAGCAUUCCACGAGCGGCGGAAACACCCUUCCACACUCGAUAUCCAAGAUGAAGACAGCUCCGACGCUCGAGAUCGCUUGAUGGGAAGGAAUACGUUCAGCUUGGACAAUGAGCCUCCAGACACACCCACGCAAGAGGAGAGUAGCAAAGGGUUCUUCGAACUGCCUUUGCAAGAUCGGAAGAAUUUUCUGCUCCUGGUGCUGCUAUACUUCCUCCAAGGCAUACCCAUGGGACUGGCGGGAGGCAGUGUACCUUUCCUGCUGAAGCAUCAUCUGAGUUACUCACAAAUUGGAGUGUACUCGCUGGCGAGUUAUCCAUACAGUUUGAAACUCCUUUGGAGUCCGAUUGUGGAUGCAUGGUGGAGUGCGAAGGUGGGAAGGAGAAAGAGCUGGAUUCUGCCGAUUCAGAUGUUGAGCGGCAUUGGCAUGUUGUGGUUGGGAGCGAGUGCACAGCAGAUGAUGGAGACAGCGGGUGCAGACAACGGUGCCGGGAUCUGGGGGUUUACAGGAUGGUGGUUCGCGUUGGUGUUCAUGUGUGCGACGCAGGAUAUCGCUGUUGAUGGCUGGGCUCUAACCCUUCUCUCUCAAUCCAACCUCUCAUACGCCUCCACCGCUCAGACAGUCGGUCUGACAGGCGGCCAAUUCCUCUCCUACACCGUAUUCCUCGCCUUUCAAUCCCCCGACUUCGCAAACAAAUACUUCCGCUCGACUCCGCAAGAUGUUGGUCUGAUGACCCUCAACUCCUACCUCACAUUCUGGGGCUGGGCAUACCUGCUCGUCACCCUCGGACUCGCAUUCCUCAAAAAAGAAGAACGCACCAAAGAAAAUGAGUCCGUCUGGGAUGUGUACAAAAUCAUGGGCGGCAUCCUCCGGUUGCGGAACAUUCAAACUUUCAUCGUCAUCCACCUCAUCGCAAAAAUCGGAUUUCAAGCCAACGACGCCGUCACGAAUCUCAAACUCCUCGACAAGGGGUUCUCCCAAGAAGACCUUGCCCUGACAGUGCUCAUCGACUUUCCCUUCGAAAUCGCGCUGGGUUACUACGCCGGAAAAUGGUCGGAACAAUACAAGCCGGUCAACGUCUGGUGCUGGGCGUUCGUCGGCCGUCUCGUGGCCGCCGUUUUCGCGCAAGCGGUGGUCAUGUUCUUCCCACCUGGAGGCACGACGAAUACAUACUUGCUCGUCGUGAUUGUCGAGCAUGUCUUCAGCACCUUCAUGAGCACGGUAAUGUUCGUUGCCAUCUCCGCUUUCCACGCAAAGAUCUCUGAUCCGGCGAUUGGAGGGACGUAUAUGACUCUCUUGGCGACUGUGAGCAACCUAGGUGGCACAUUCCCGCGCUUCUUCGUCCUCAAAUUCGUCGACAUCUUCACCGUCGCGACUUGUAUACCCUCGGAAAAGCCGCCUGUCCCGCCGAAUGCGUUGACGGGAGACUUCAUCACGCAACCUUUCAGCUGCGUUGCGGAAGCUGAAAAACACAGGUGCACAGCUGGCGGUGGAAGCUGCGAGAUCCAAAGAGACGGAUAUUAUUGGGUCAACGUACUCUGCGUCAUCUUUGGCAUUAUUACAUUCUGGGGGUUCAUUAAGCCGAGGGCGAAGGGCUUGCAAGCGUUGCCGAUGAGAGCUUGGAGGUUGGCGCCUUGA